AUGGUUCCGUUGCUCAGAGUAAUUCUCGGGGAUAUGGCUCAUUCAGAGGUUUCGCAAACGAGAGGAGCAGCUCUUAAGUUCAUGACGGUUGAAAUAAGUGAUAGGGAAGCCAAAGAUGUGAACAAAGAGGUUGUCUUUGGAAAGCCAAGUGAACGAGACUCAACCUCAGACCCAAAUGCAGGCCUAAAUUGCGUCAACAUAUGA